GCUUGUGAGUUGGCGGUGCUGAAGCCCGAGGCUGGGCGAAUGGGUGGAGGUUAGGAGCUGUGGGGAUAUUUCCCCACCCUCCUCUCCCCCAAAACUAGGCAAUUUAUAAUCUUCCGCGACACAAUCGCAAAAUACGGAAUGCAUCCUUUCUGGUAUAAUGUCUGUGAAAGGGAAGAAGGUGUUGCACAUGGAUCGCAACUCUUACUAUGGAGGUGAAAGUGCAUCUAUAACGCCCCUGGAUGAUCUGUACAAAAGAUUUAAUCUCCCUGGAUCACCACCAGAGUCCAUGGGCAGGGGAAGAGACUGGAACGUGGAUCUGAUUCCAAAGUUUCUUAUGGCGAAUGGUCAACUUGUAAAGAUGCUACUGUAUACUGAAGUCACCCGGUACCUUGACUUUAAGGUCAUUGAAGGCAGCUAUGUUUACAAAAAAGGCAAAAUCUACAAGGUCCCAUCUACUGAAAAGGAAGCCUUGGCAUCCAAUUUGUUGGGCUUUAUGGAAAAAAAUCGCUUUAGGAAGUUUUUACAGCGUGUUUCCCUUUAUGAUGAAAAUGAUCCCACAACUUGGGAUGGCAUUGACCCGAAGAAAACAACAAUGAAGAAUGUAUAUGAGAAAUAUGGCUUGGGGAAGGAUGUAAUUGACUUCUCAGGCCAUGCCCUAGCCUUGUAUAGGACUGAUGAUUACGUUGAUCAACCUUGCCUUGAGACGUUAAACAGGGUUAAGCUUUACAGUGAAUCGCUGGCUCGCUAUGGGAAGAGUCCAUACCUUUACCCUCUCUAUGGGCUUGGGGAGUUGCCUCAGGGCUUUGCCAGGUUAAGUGCCAUUUAUGGUGGGACCUAUAUGUUAAACAAGCCUAUUGAAGAAAUAAUUAUGGAAAAUGGGCAGGUGGUUGGAGUCAAGUCUGAAGGAGAGAUUGCGCGCUGCAAGCAGCUGAUCUGUGACCCUAGCUAUGUGUCCGACCGUGUGAAGAAAAGCGGCCAGGUGAUUCGAGUCAUCUGCAUCAUGAGUCAUCCCAUUAAGAGCAUAACAGAUGUAAAUUCCUGUCAGAUUAUCAUUCCCCAAAAUCAGGUCAACAGAAAAUCUGACAUCUACAUUUGCAUGAUAUCCUACGCGCACAAUGUAGCUGCUCAAGGAAAGUACAUUGCCAUUAUUAGCACAACAGUGGAGACCAAUGAUCCAGAAAGUGAAAUUCAACCAGCAUUGGAUCUUCUGGAGCCUGUGGAACAGAAAUUUGUUUGCAUCAGUGAUAUGUAUGUUCCAGUUGACGUGGGAACUGAAAGUCAGAUUUUCAUUUCUAGAACAUAUGAUGCAACCACCCACUUUGAGACCACUUGUGAUGAUAUUAAAGAUAUUUACAGGAGGAUGAUGGGGGUUGAGUUUGACUUUGAAGAAAUGAAGCGAAAGCAGAAUGAUAUCUUCGGGGAGGAUGGGCAGAACGAACCUUCAAAGUAAACCCCCUGAAAUCUUGUACUUAAUUGGUUGAUUCAAGUUGGGUGUCAUUAAGGAAAUUAAUGAGCACUGCAGAAAAGCAAGUUUGUAUUGUGGGGCCGGCUUAUUUUUUAAAUCGCGUCUUCAAGAUCCUGACAAGUAUUGCACUGAUUCUAGAUGGAAACCCCAUCAAUUGUCUUUGGCAUCAUGUGUAAAUUUUGCUGAUAUCUUAGGGGUGCUGUCCAAAGAAGACAACUUACUGAUGUCCGAAAAGUUUUGAUCAGAGGCUUUGAAGGAGGAGCAGUGGGGGUUUGUUGGUGGUGGGGUGGGGGGUUGUUGGGGAAGCCAUGACUUAAUUCAGAUGCAUUCUUUACUGUAAACAUGAAAAGAUGUAAAAAUGCUAAAUCAAUAUUCCAUAUUGUUUGUGGAAGUAUUUACUGCCAUCUGCUUUAACAUCAGCUCUAACAUUUAAUGGGUUAAAAAUUCAUUUGUGUAAUCAACUAACAGUUUAUGAUGGAUUGAUUCUAUGUAGAACUGCAACUUCACAAUAAAAACUUGUAUGUAACACCAGCCUUUCUAAACACUAUGGACACUUGUAUAAUUUUUAAUCUUGUUUACUUUUCUGGGGCUUCAGAUAAUCUGGGUGGUGCCCAUUAAACUUUAGCUUCAGAUUUAACUGGAUCUAAAGUUCAUGGAGGUGACCCUAAUCUUGCUAAAGGAUACCCUAAUGUAACCCAGGAUACUGAGUUGAAGUAAAAUAUGCUUUUAAACUCUGAGCUAUAAACAAUGUAUAUUAGAGGCAACUUGAGAAUUUUAGUCAAAUGAAGAACCGAUUUCAAAGCAGGUGGAUGUGAAUGCCUUCUCUAUCUCUGUUAGUUUGGAAGGAUCAAACUGAAUGCAGUGAAAUGUCAAGAGCUUAAAAGUUCUGUUAUGACUACUUGGCACAAAAUUACUUCUGUACUGGAAAGUUAGAUGGUCUUCAAAUAAACUGCUGUAUGCUUUUUGAAUCUA